AUGAUUACACAGAAUUCCAUACCAGAGGUGAAAGAGGACUAUAUAGGCUACGCUUUAAAUGAGAGAAAGAUCCGGCUACCGCAGUUUCAAAAUUUAGGUCCGGCGGACUUAAUCACACUGGCAAAAUACUCGCCCACUUCGAGUAACACAAAUGCCAUAAACAGCACGAGUAGAAACAACGGAGCCACCACCAUGAAACCUCCUGCAGCCGCUGCACUUGAUGGCUCUGCAGCUUCCGUAGUAACCAACGGAAACAUAAGUGAUGUCGCUGUUGCCACUAAUUCCACGGCGGCCUCUAUAUUCAGCGGCAGCAGGAGCGUCAACGAUGCUGCCCCGAUGGUUGCAGAGUUCCAUCCACUCAAUAAAUUGAAGGGCGAGAUAGGAACAUUUUUCUACUCGAUGGGUGCCGAUACAUCCAGCCCCACUUCAAUCGCGAUAUUCUUGAAGGGAAUCUCCGACAUAAUCACGGAGAAGCCUCAAGUUUGGUUUGGCAAAAGGAAAGCCUUUCAGGUCGCUCGAAUUUCAUUUUCAACGUGGAAUGCGUUCAGGAAAUGCGACAUAAACGUCAUUGUCCAUAUCCCUGGAACCAUUCAGAACUUCAUAGUGGAUUGCAACGGUGAAAGCCAGAAUAUAGAAUUACAUGCUGAUCACGAUUUAAUUUGGGCGGAAACGUUCGUAAGCGGGGUAGUUAGGUCAAUCAUAUUAAUGAAGGAGAAUGCUGAAGAGGGGGAGUUACAGAACUUAGUGGAGACUUUGAUUUUGAACCCAUUGAUGACGGGACAAAUCGAUGAUUUAUCGGAGAUGUUCAUUGAUUUGUUCCCCAUAGUUUACCUCAAGGGCCCGUUACUAGGCGCGCCACAUUAUAUAGCUAACGUAACAAACACGAACAACUAUUUGGUAGAAACACUGGUGGAGAUAGUCAAGUUGACUCGUAGUGUUAGCAGGGUGGAGGCAAUGUUGAAGGAUUUGGCCAAUGAAAACCCUGAGGCAAUCAUUGUACUGACCAAGAUCUUCUUGGUGUGUGAUAGAGAAAUAGACGCCAUGAAGCUAAUAUAUGAUGAGCUUUCACACAACGACAGGAUAUCAAACCCUAAUAACUAUAUGGACUAUAAAUCCGAGAUAUUGUGUUUACAAGCGCAAUUUCUAGUAGACAAAAAGCAAGAUUAUACAUUGGCGCAGAAUAUAGCGCAGGAGGCGGCCAAUUGUUCUCCAAGUGAGUUUAGACCAUGGUACCUUCUAUCCAAGGCGUACGUGAAGCUAAAUGACAUAGAAAAUGCCCUGCUGAUACUGAAUUCGUGCCCCAUGUCCCCAUUAAAGGAAAAAUAUACUUUGAGAAGGGUAGUUCCAUUGCCUUCAAAGAAUAGUCUUCAUUUGCCUUUGCCCAUCGAUGUUGUGCUGGAUGAAGUAACGUCGUUGAAUCCACAAGACGUCCAAAAGGAGCACCGCUCUGCAGAUCCGAUGUUGGUCAAUCUGGCUGCGUCAAAUUUGAAAUCCACUUUUCAAUUGGCAUACAGAUUACUGACAGAGAUUGUGCAAAUCACCGGAUGGGAAAAUCUGUUAAAGUAUAGAUCAAAUAUCUUUGUUAUGGAGGACGAGUACCAAAAUUCAACAUCCUCGUUAUCAAAGAGCGUUGGUGAGCAAGAAGAAGUGCCUCUAAGGUCAAAAAGGUUAUGUGAAAGAUGGUUAGACAACCUCUUCAUGCUUUUGUAUGAGGAUUUGAAGAUGUAUACGCUAUGGCAAACAGAACAACUGUACAUGGACGUACAAAAUAACAAUCACAAUAAACUGACGUUUGAAUGGGAGCUAUUUGGCCUCUGUGCACGUCGGUUGGGACAUUUCCCUGAAGCUGCCAAGGCAUUCCAGAACGGUCUAUCACAGAGAUUUUCGUCAAGGUGCGCCAGAAAACUGCUGGAAUAUUGCGUAAACGAGCGUCAACGGAUCAAAAAUUUCCUCAACUCACCCAACUCACAUGGCAUGGCACCCGAGAUGGUUACCUCGCGCAUAAGGGAACUUGACAAUAGCAUUAUCGAUCUUUGCGUGAAAAUUUGCUGCUGGAACCAUCGUUGGUACAUUGAAUUUUCUAUAAAUUUGCUGGAUUCAUUAAGCGUGGUGAUUCAAGAUAUGGAGUUGACCAAAGUGUCCAAUGAGAUUUCAUCGAGAUACUCGGAGACUGUUUUCAAAUUGGUUCAGGAAAACUUGUUAGAUUUCUUUUCAACUUGCACCAAUGGGUACUACGAUGCUUGA